UUACUGAGUCAGUAUUGCAGUGCGCCGCGGUUGCUCCUCCUGAGCGCUGGGGGGGCGCUGCGCCUGACGCGGUUCGGCUCGAAUCGUCCCGUUCUCGGCUUCUGCGCUGCUGCGCUGCCGCUGUCCAGUCCUGAGCGUUCAGCACCGCGAGCGGUGGACAGCUCCCGACCCUCCGAGAAAAGCACAGCAGACCGCAGCAGAACCGCUUCAGCCGGCCUCAUCUACCACCGAGCGCUGUGGCCAUGUACGAUGGGGCGAGGGUUCCCUCCCCUGAGGACGCCGCUAACGGGGUCCCGCUGCAGCCCGAGACCCCUGCGGCCACACAUCACAAAGCUAAUGAGGAGCCGGAGGAGAAAGAGGGCAUCCCACCUGAGCCGGUCCUGGUGAAGAAGGCUCACCGUGAGAUUCUGGACCAUGAGAGGAAGAGGAGGGUGGAGCUGAAAUGCAUGGAGCUUCAGGAGAUGAUGGAGGAACAGGGGUAUUCCGAAGAAGAAAUCCGACAGAAGGUUGGAACGUUUCGGCAGAUGCUGAUGGAGAAGGAGGGUGUGAUAACUCGAGAAGGCUUGCACCCACGUCCACCGAUCAGGCUGCUUCCUCACGGGGAUGAAGAUCAUGUGGAAAACGCUGCGUACAUUGAUGGCUAUGAGGAAGACUAUGAUUGGGAUGGAGAAUAUUACAAGCAAGAUUCAACUGCCUACGAUGAGUGCAGUCGAUCUAAGAGGAAAUCCAGCAGAUCACCUUCCCCUCGGCCAAAGAAGAGGAAAAAGAAGAAGGCAAGAAGACACAGUCGAGACAAGAGGAAGAAAAGCGUAAAGAAGCACAAAAGAGACAGGUCCACAUCUGGCUCAAGGAGGAAGAGGAGACACAGAUCUGGGAGCCCCAAAAACAAACACAAAGACAAGAACAAACAGAAGAAGAGGUGUUCAGUGGAGUCUCCCAGCAGGAGUUCUCAGCACAGAGGCAGCUGCUGUAGUUCCCGCAGCGGAUCCGUCUCCUCCACCGCCAGCGUCUCCAAAUCACCCAGCAGAUCAAAUGCAAAGUGCAGGAACGAUUGGCACAAACAGGAAGGAAGUCACUCCAGCCACAGCCCACCGCCGCCCCUCAGCGCUGACCAGCCAAUCACGUGGCACAAUGGCAACCAUAGCGUCCGUGUCCGCAACGGCAAAGAUUCGGGAGCCAAUCACAUGGAGGGGAAUAAAGGGAACGAUGUAUGUAGUCUCCUCUACUUUAACUCCAUCUGUUCUCUGCCGUUUACACUACUAAUCCCACACACACACACACACACACACACCACGUUCAACUGAUUCAGUCAUAUCUGUGUGAGCUGACUCUAAAUAUCUCUUUUCCCUCUUUGGCUCCAUUCCGUGAGUUUUUCUGUUCUCAAGCCAUUUUUGUGUUUGUUGGGAAGGGGUUUUGUUUUGUCGAAACAGAUGUCCAUCAUUUUCCUUCCGUAAUAAUGUCAUGCUUUAUUUCACGUACAAGCCAUGUUGACUUUUUCAGUUCUAGAAAGAGAAGGAAUGGAAAAGCUGAGGACAUGUUUAAAAGGUUUUUUUUUUUUACAGUGGAAACUAAAAUGCAACCAAUUGUUGAAUAUGUCCAUCCCAAAGACAAACUGAUGGUUGUGGCAUCUUGCGACAUGCAGUACUAUUAUUUUACAUAAUAAUAUACUAAUUCAGUGGCUAGUGUUGGAUAACGUCCCAUGAAGGAAACAUUCCAUGCCUCAACCAGAUUAAUUAUAGAUAUUUUGGUAACACUUUUGCUUCAUUUGUUAACAUUAG